CCCAGAAAACCGGCAGAGAAACCGCAUCAAAAGCAGGCGGCCUAAGGUUUCUUCUUCGCCCUCUCCCUCUCCCUCUCCCCUGCGGCGCCGCCCCUCUACACCUCCAGCCAUGGACGCGCAGCGAGCUCUCCUCGACGAGCUCAUGGGCACAGCCCGCGACCUGACGGAGGAGGAGCGGAAGGCGCACAAGGAGGUGAGGUGGGACGACCCGGACGUGUGCGGCGCCUUCAUGGCCCGCUUCUGCCCCCAUGACCUCUUCGUCAACACCAAGAGCAACCUCGGGCCGUGCACGAAGAUUCAUGAUCUGAAGCUUAAGGAGAGCUUUGAGAGCUCUCCCAGGCAUGAUAAUUACAUGCGAAGGUUUGAGGCAGAACUUGCUCAACAAUGUGAGAAGCUGGUUAUGGAUUUGGAUAGAAAAAUAAGGCGUGGUCGAGAAAGGUUGGCUCAAGAUGUUGCUCUGCCACCUCCCAUCCUCGGGAAAACAUCUGAGCAGCUUUCAAUUAUUGAAGAAAAAGUUAAGAAGCUACUGGAGCAAAUUGAGGAGCUUGGUGAAGCUGGUAAAGUAGAUGAAGCUGAGGCACUUAUGAGGAAGGUUGAACUUCUAAAUGCUGAGAAGACAGCUUUGACAAACCAAGCAGAUAAUAAAGCAGCUAUGCUUCCACAAGAGAAGAAGAUGGAACUUUGUGAAAUAUGUGGAUCAUUCUUAGUCGCAGAUGAUGUUCUUGAGAGGACACAAUCCCAUGUGACUGGGAAACAACAUAUUGGCUAUGGUUUGGUCAGAGAUUUUCUAGCUGAACACAAGGCUGCAAAAGAGAAGGCAAGAGAGGAAGAGAGGAUUGCAAGGGAGAAGAAAGUUGAAGAACGUAGGAAACAGAGAGAAAAAGAGUAUGAUGUUGGAGGCAGGGAUGGUGGUCCUAAAAGAGAGAAGUCUGGGGAUCGUGACCAUGACCGUGAUCGGUACUAUGAUCACAAUCGUGGUAGAGAAAGGUCGCAUGAUCACAGGGAUAGAGGAUCAGAAUAUAGAAGCAGUUCCUACAGAAAUGGUAGGGAUUCUGAAAGAGACAGGCACCGCCAUAGGAGUGAUGAUCCGAGAAAGGACAGGGGUAGAGCGAGGAGCAGGUCCCGUUCUCCAAGCAGGCAUGGUUAUGGAAGAUCAAGUCCAGAUCAGUGAACAUAUAGAUAGUUUUAUUCCGAGUUAAAACUCAUGAGGUAGACCAUUAUGUCCCUUUCGCCAUUUAACCUGUGUACAAAUGAGUUAUGCGAUGUGUUGCGCCUGUUGAAUUUCUGCUUUGCUGUAACAGCUCUGUUGGACUCAUAGUCUUCCUUUUAGAGGGAAAAUACCAGGUAGGUAUUAUCUGCCAUUCCUAAUAUGUUUCAGUUUUCUAUAUUAACGUACAUAUGCUCAAGUUUUGUUUCAUCAUUGGAAACUGAAAAUUAGUCUAAUAAAGAUGAAAGCUAGUACACCAACGAUAGUAUUGGACUGCAAAUCUGGAUGCAGACACAUUCAGCCCUGUAAAAGGUAACUGUGAUCAUUAGUUUGUAAUGUUAUACAAUUGCAUGUUUCUUAUCUUCCA